GAAAGUAAAUUGUAACGAAAUCGAAGGACAUCUUGCGGUUAGAAUACGUCAAAAUUGCCAGUAAGACAGUUUAUGCCCGAGAUAAACUGUUUUCUACGUGUCUUUGUAACACUCUUGAUUUUGCAUCUUAAUCUUCAGAAAUAAUGAAUAGAUUUGAAUACGCUGAUUCUCGACUUCUUCCGAAUGAAAUUUAUAUAAGACGCGAUGUUAGCAUAUGCAUAUACGAUGGAGAUAUCAAGACAAAUUUUGAAAGUGGUGAAUUAGUACUUACCAGCCACAGAUUUCUUUGGGGAAGACCUGGUGAUAUAUCACGCGGUCAUACAUGCCUUUCGUUAUCUCUUCGUCAUAUAGUUUUCUUCGAGGAAGAAAUUCCUGGACCAUUUUCCUUUGGACGCAGUAAAAAAGUUGUUAUACACCUUUCUGAAGCUCCAAUCGAUAAAAUGCCCGGUCCGUUGGAUAAUAGCGUAUGCAACUAUAUUAAAUUCUCAUUUAAAGAAGGUUUGGAUCCAAAUUUUCAUACACAUUUGUCCGAUGCUAUUACGAGACGAAUUUGGGAAUUUACACCUAUUGUGCCUCUGGAACAUCCCGAUAGCAACACAAAAAAUAGCAGAGACAUUAAUAAGCCUCUGCCGCAAAUAAAGACACGAACCGGUAUCAUAGGUAUUGAAAGAAGCCUUCAGGAACAACAGAAAGCAACAGACGAAAGCAUAUCAAUGGCUUUUCAAGAUCUUAAGAAGCUCAUGGAAGUAGCCAAAGACAUGGUUUCCAUUUCAAAAACCAUCUCGGCAAAAAUACGGGAGAGACAAGGAGACAUCACAGAGGAUGAAACGGUUAGAUUUAAGUCCUAUUUAAUGAGUCUUGGCAUUGAUGACCCCGUUACCAGAGAUGCGUAUAAAAGUAGUAACGAAUAUUUCAAGCAAUUGGCAAAACAACUUGCAAAUAUUUUAGAAGAGCCAAUUAAAGAAGUUGGGGGAAUGAUAACAUUAACAGAUGUUUAUUGUCGUGUAAACAGAGCUAGAGGCUUAGAACUUCUUUCACCGGAAGAUUUACUAAAUGCCAGUAGACAAUUAGCAUCUUUAGGUUUACCUAUAGUAUUGAGAGUGUUUGAUAGCGGAGUUAUGGUUCUUCAGUCUCGAUCGCACGAUGAUAAUGUCAUAGUUGAUGUUAUAGCUGAUCUAAUAAAAGAAAGAGGAUCUCUAACAGCAGAAGAACUUGCUCAAUCAGAGGGUAUAUCAGUCCUUUUAGCGCGCGAAAGACUGUUAGUAACGGAAAAAAGAGGAAAAGCAUGUAGAGACGACACAAUAGAAGCUUUAAGAUUUUACCCUAAUUUAUUUUUGGAAAAAAAUGAUUAACACUGCCAAUUUGCUCACUGCCAUCAUAUGUAUUGCUUUCAUAAUGUAAAAAAUAACUUAAAAUCUCCUAUAUUCUUUAUGCUUUCACAUAUAGAAUUGCAUUAUGUUGCAAUAUAAAAUGAAUCAAAAUUAAAUAUUAAGCAUUGCCAUAUAUGCUAUACCAACAAUGCAUCGAUUUGAAAGGGAAACAAAAUCUAUAAUGUAUUCUUUGAAAUCAAUACUUAUUUUAAUCGAAAAUAAUUUUUGUAAAUGUCCGAAUGAGUAACUUAUAAAUAUUACAUUAAAACCAGUAAAAUGUAAUCAUUAAGAAUUCUUUAUAAGAGUAUGUACAUAAGUCAGUAUAUUAUUCAAUAUAUGUAUACGCAUUUGUAAAUAAAUAUUUUACUUGUUGCAAUAA